AUUUUAUGUGUAUCAUUGAUCGUUUAUUAGGAUAGGAUAGUAGCAAAUUCUGAAAUGGUAGCAGACUGACUAGAUGUGUUGGAAUUAUUAAAUUAAAUUGAAUAGAAGGAGAUAUAUAUGGAGAGAUUAAUUAUGUGUGGAACGACGUCGUCACUGAACUCCAUUCCUUCAUCGUCCUUAACCAACAACCACCACACAUUCCAUUAUUCUCGAUCCCCAACAAUAUUAUUCAGAUUCCAAACACAUUUACCGACAACCACCUUAAUCAACAACAAAAGAGUCCCUCUUCCUGCUUGCAUUCAUGCUCAACAGUCUGAAGCUAUUGAUGGUUCUGCAAUUGAUUCUCCAUUGAGUGAUUCAAAAGUUGAUACGCUCGACAAUAAGGACUUUAAAGUUAGAAAUUCACAAGAAGAAAUAUCUGCUACUCAAGGCAUACGAAUUAGAAGACGACCACCAUCAGGACCUCCUACACAUUAUGUUGGUCCUUUUGAGUUCCGCUUACAAAAUGAAGGUAAUACUCCUCGUAAUAUACUAGAGGAAAUUGUAUGGAACAAAGACGUUGAGGUUGCACAGAUGAAAAGUAAAAAUCCUCUCUAUGCACUGAGCAAAGUUAUUAAAGCUGCUCCUCCUACCAAAGACUUUAUAGAAGCUCUCAAAGCAUCAAACUUAAGAACGGGAAUGCCUGCUCUAAUUGCUGAAGUAAAAAAGGCUUCACCGAGUAGAGGAGUUUUAAGAGAAGAUUUUGAUCCUGUUGAAAUUGCAAAAGCCUAUGAGAAAGGUGGUGCAGCAUGCCUGAGUGUUUUAACAGACAGAAAAUAUUUUCAGGGGAGCUUUGAAAAUUUAGAGGCCAUCCGAAAGGCUGGAGUGACGUGUCCUCUAUUAUGCAAAGAAUUCAUUGUGGAUGCAUGGCAACUCUAUUAUGCUAGAGUGAAAGGUGCCGAUGCUGUUUUGCUGAUCGCUGCUAUUUUACAAGAUCUUGACAUCAAAUACAUGAUUAAGAUAGCCAAACUGAUCGGAUUAACAGCACUAGUUGAGGUACACGAUGAGAAUGAAAUGGACCGUGUUCUUGAAAUUGACGGGAUUGAACUCAUUGGCAUCAAUAACCGUAACCUUGAAACAUUUGAGGUUGAUCUUGGUAACACCAAGAAGUUGCUUGAAGGUGAACGUGGUGAAAAGAUUCGACAAAAAGAUAUCAUGGUGGUCGGGGAAUCGGGAUUGUUCACCCCUGCUGAUGUUUCUUAUGUACAAGAAGCCGGUGUAAAAGCAAUCCUGGUUGGCGAGUCGCUUGUGAAGCAAAAAGAUCCCACAAAAGGAAUUGCUGAACUUUUUGGAAAAGAUAUAUCAGCAUAACUUAGUUGUCAAAAUGUUGACAUCAAACAGCUUCUUUGGAGGUCAUAAGUGUUGACUUCCCUGCUUAAAAUGGAACACUUGGGAGGUUCUCAGAGAUUAAAGAUUUAAACGUCCCGUCUAAGAAACAGAACACAACGUAGGUGCUUGAAGACGAAGGUUUUCCCUGGAAUGCUACAAAGUACAAAAUGUCGUUUACGUAUGUAACAUGGUCAAACUUUAAAAAGUUGUAUGCAAUUUUGACAAGUAUGAUAUUGGCAGAUAAAUUUUUUGAAUA